CACUAACAUCAGACCCAGCAGCUCGCCACAGGACACGCAUGUGACGCUCCAGCAUGGAUCCGGCUUAUCCGUGAAGAAUGAAUCACACACACGUGUUCUGCUGUUUUUAAUGUUCAGGUCUGCUGCUUCCUCGUGAAUCAUGUCUUCCUCCUCGUCCUCCUCCUCUUCCACGGAGCUGCCCUACUUCUGUCCUCGCUGCGGGGAUGGGUUUCGGUUCUCAUCUGUAGCUGAGCUCCGGGCGCACCUGGUCAGCCGACACACCUACGAGACCCUGCUGGUGCUCUCCCAGGCUCGGGUCAGAAGCUCCAGAACCAGUUCUCUCCUCCCACUCCCUAGCCCAGCUGUAUCCCAAAGUCAGAGCACUUCUCUGGACAUGGAACAUCAAAGCCUGCCCCUGCCACUGGCCUGCUUGGAUCUCGCCUCAUCAUCUGCCUCCGUCCAACUGCUCAGGGAGAUGUUCGGUGCUUCAGAUUGCCCUCUGCCUUCCUCUACGGUACAUUCAGAAGGCCCCUCCACUGCUCUGGCCCUUCCUGGAUCUGUGGAUCUUUUUGCUGGGAAGAACCUUGGAGAGGUGAGGGUCCAGCUAGGCUUGGUGGAGAUUGGGCUGGAGGAGCGACUGGGGCUCGGGCUGGAUCAUAAAAUCGCCCGGACUUUCGCGGAGGUUGAGGAGAGGGUGAACCGACGCAUGGCCCGACUGAAAGUGGAGCUACAGAGGAGAGAGAUGGAGCUACAGCGGGCGAGGCGAGACAAGGAACGACUCAGGAGUGAGAAACAGGAAGUGGAAGAGAAAGCAGCCUACCUGUCCCGACAGGUCUCAGCUGCCAUGGAGAUGAUGGAGAAAUUAAAGAAAGAUCUUACAGGGAAAGAGAAGGAGCUCAGCAAACGACAACAGGAGAUGGUGGACAUUGAGCAUUUUUUGAGGGAGACGGCAGAGAAAGAGGCCGAAGCCAAAUCCAGGCUGCAGAUGUUCAUUGAGACACUGCUGGAGCGAGCAGAUCACGCAGAGAGACGGCUCCUGAUGCUUGGCUCGCACGAACAUCGCAACCUCUCCCCAGACAGUGACGGGUACGCAUACACCGAGCCCUAUGUGCUCACUGAGGUUUACGAACCUACACGGAGCCAAGGGGGACGCAGUCUGGAUGGCAGCACUGAUGACAUCAUUGCAAAUAAGAUGCAGGAAACCAUUGGAAACAGGAGGAGUUAUAGCGUGUCGAGCUCCUACAGGCUGGGAGAGCAGCUGCAUGGACACCAUCGCUACAGUGGUCUCGCUGGACGAAUGCGAACCUCGUCUCUGGGUUCGGGAGGUUGGAACUGCGAGGCGGCAUCAACCCAUCUCCAUCUGAAUCCCUACGCCCAACCCUGGACUCAACGAGAGAGAGGAGAAGGAGGAGAAGAUGGGAGGAGGGAGAGGUUCUGGGCUGCGGAAGAGGGAUGGGGGAGAACGUGGAAGAAAAGAAACUUUCGUCACCAUAGCACUGAGGAGGAAGACGAGGAGGAAGAGGAGGGAGAUGAGGGAGAUGAGGAAGAUGAGGAACUGUGGACCAGUGCUGAGAUGAGGAGACUCAUCUUUGCCAGGACACACACACCUGUAUCAGAUACCCCCUCUUCCAUCCGCUCCACACCCUCCCGUUGCUUUGGUGACAGACAGCUGGUAGCAGACACCCUGCGGCUGAGGGCGGGCCUUUUUUGCAUCUUCCCAUAUUUGGACGUGCGCUCAAUGCUGCUUGCAGCCGAGGUGUGCUCUGAUUGGCGGUUCGUUGCCAGGCACCCUGCUGUUUGGACACGCCUCCAGCUGGAGAAUGCCAGAGUGUCUACAGAGUUCCUGACGACGCUGUCACAGUGGUGCACUCAAACUCAGGCCGUGGUGCUCAGCAACCUGAAGCCUCGAAGUCGUCGAGCCAACGAGACGCGAGAGGAUUACCACAGAAACAUACGAGGGAGUGUGGAGCCUGGGGUGGAGGCCCUGCUGCGGUCAGCAGGGGGCAGCUUGCUCCACCUGUCUAUCUCUCAGUGUCCCCACAUCCUCACCGAUAGGACCCUGUGGCUGGCCAGCUGCUACAGCAGGAACCUGCAGAUGCUCACAUACAGGAGUUCAUCAGAUCCUCUCGGUCAGGAGGUUCUCUGGGCUUUGGGUGCUGGAUGCAGGAGCAUCACCAGCCUGCAGGUGGCGCCUGCUCAUCCCUGCCAACAGCCAACUCGUUUUGGUAACCGCUGCUUGCAGACAAUUGGCCGUUGCUGGCCACACCUCCGCUCUCUCAGUGUGGGCGGAGCUGGCUGUGGGACUCAGGGGUUGGUUGCUGCUGUACGCAACUGUGCUCAGCUACAGGUGCUGGAGUUGGAGCGUAUUACUGACCUCGGCCUGCAGGCGGCGACAGAGCUGUGUAAGGCUGGACUGAAGAAGAACCUGCAGACGUUGAUCUUGACACACACGCCCGUGAGCGGUCAGGCCAUCCUGCACUUCCACAGUGAGUGUGAGAACAUCAGGUCAAUCGUUGUCGAGGUCUCUGCGUCAGAUUACUUUGAAGAACCGGACACUGAGGAAGCACAACAUCUGUUUGGAGAGAUUCUCAGUACACUGAAGGUUCUUCAGACGCGUCCUGGUGUGAGUGACGUCCUGCGAGUUAAAGCCGACAGUUUCUCCUGACCUCAGCGCAAACUGCUUUCUUUUAUACGUGAGAACGUCUAAAUCUGGGUUUUGUUUUUUGUUUUUUUACCUGAAGCCAUUAAUCUUUCCCUGAACUAAUGUGUGCAAUAUUUACUACACACUGGCCCAAACUGAAACUGUUUUUUAAGGAAAUAGGUUACCUGUAGCUUGAUUUAUUUAAAAGAAAAAGAAAAAGAAUAAAAGGUAUUUAAUGUGUUUUUAGGAAUUUAGGCUAAAAUAAACCAUACUUAUCCCUUAAUGCUUGUGCUAAACCCAUGCAAAGCAGUCAAGUCCCAUGGCGUCAAAUACUGCCACUCUAUCUGAUGCUGCUGUUGUCCUAUUGAUAGGUUUCCUUUGGCUUCAUUGUCCUGACAUAUCUAACAGUCCUCUUUUAAAGCUACUUAUUUCAAAAAUAGUUUAAAUCCUUCAAAAUCAAAUUAAAGCUGAAAAGCUCAACAGAACUAAACACUGUGUUAAAGAAAAAGCAGUAGUUUGGUGUAAUACCACUGUAUACCCAAAGAAAGUGCAGCUACUCAGUGGAGACUUUUUUAACCAGAAAAAUGAUUAAAGUUAUAUGAGAAAAAAACCUCUCAAGGAGAUUGGGGCUGCUAAAAAGAAAUUAGUUAGCUGUAGGCACGGAAAACUACUUGGUCAAGUUUGUUUUUGUUUUUUUGUUCAAUAAGUAUGGCCUUAUGUUAAAAACUUUUGUUUAAAUGGCAUGAUACGAAAGGGCCCUUCACAAGCGUCGAUACAUGAAGAACAAACACCACUUGUCAUUUUAUCUUUGAGAUGCCACUGGCUAAGAAACAUGGCAGUAUUUGGAACUCUUAGAAUGAGACUGAGACUUUUAUUAUUAUGAACAGCUUCUAACAUUAAAAAUAAGACUUAAAAUAAUUGUAUGAGUCACUCAUUGAGUGAAAUGAGAAGGCAAGACCUCAAACUAAAAUCUUGAUCCUUUAACUUUUUACUUAAAAGUGUGAAUAAGAACUUUUUCUACCAUAGUGACCUCUUUUUUAGCACUCUUUCUCCUCACGAAUCUUAGAGCCCUUUAACUUUUAUUCAUCUCUUCUAUUUUUGCAAUAACUCAGACCUCAGCAAAGUUGAGGCACCUCUAAUAAACCUUUAUUUACCCUCAUCAAACAGAACAUCGUUGUUCCGCAAAAAAGAGCCAUACUUGUUGUAUUGAAGUAAUCGUAACCUUUAGUCUUACCUCAAGUUUUAACAGAACCCUUGUUCAUUAUUUUUACCUUAAAUAUAAGCACAAGAACACACAUAUGCACAAAGAUUUUUUGCACAAGCAAGCAGGGCGCAUUGAAUUAUGCCCCAAAGAUAUCAGUCGAGCAAUCAUUGAACCAACCUGUCAGUGAGAACUGCAGAUGUGUUGAUAAAAAAAAUGUCUUUUAGCAACCCCUAGAAGCUGCAGAUGCUACCUGUGUGGUUUCCCCAUCAAUAAAUCACUUCCUCAUCAGGUUUGUGUCUCCUCUUGAUUAAUUAUGUUAUAAAACAAUCAAGAUAUGUUCGUCUUCUACAAUCAAAGGUUUCUGUUUCUAAUGUUGGACUGGAAUCUACUGUUCUUAAAUGUGCCCUAUGCAAUGCUUUGUCACAUGUGAAACACUUUGUAUUUCCACUUAGAAAUAAAAAUGUUCCUUGAGUCUCUCAGU